GCGAAACAAUAAAUAAUAUUAAAAUGUAGAAAUAAAAUAAAGGCCAGGAAUUUCCCAGAAGAAAAGUGGAGAGGGGAGAGGAACGAGUAACGUUGAAGUGUUGUUCUGCAGACGAUUAGUAUUCGGCUCACAGCUCAUUCUCCGCUCGAGAGGAGGGAGGGGAAUACAGUGAGAGGCAGACUCCGAGCGCUGGGGAGGGAAGGGACAAUAAUGUGAGCUAGCCCGGCGCCGCCGAACACAUACACACGCCGCCCGUACAUCCACAGAAUUACCCUACCGAAGUCGUUCGGGUCAUCGAGCUGAAGCCUUGAUCGCUCGGGUUCUCUGUAAAUGACUACGCACCUCAACUGGGGAAACUGAACCAGCUGCCGGCAGCGUGCGGCUGGAUCUACAAGUGAUUCGUUAAAACACCUCAAGCGCUUUAAUAGGCUUUUUUUUCCCUGAGACUGCCACUGCUUACGGAAACACCCCAGCCUCCGGGGAGUUGGCAGCCGGGCUCCUGGCGAGCGCAACCGAACAGAUGCCUCGAUGUGCCUGUCCUACACAACUUUGCUGCCGAUGGCUUGUGGUUAGUGUUCAGGCCACAGGCCAGUGAUCAUCUCCAGUGCCUGACACCUCCCAGGGGCUCAAUCCAUCAUCCUCACUCCAACGCCAGGCAGGACUCUGACUUCUCUCCCCCUACCCCCCCUCUCCGUCACCCACCCUCAGCCCCCAACUGACAACAGAAUGGAAAACCUAACAGAGCUUCAGAACCCUCUGCUGGAGAAGAACCAACACGUUGGAGGCGAUUAUGGUUUCCAGGAGGAUUAUAACGAAGAGCGGCACUACAAGGAAAAACUCUUGAGCUAUUUUGUGAGUAAUAAUUCAAGCAAGAACAAACCCAAGGCCAACUUCACCCGGCAACUCCUGGACGCCAGUUCCCUGCACCUGGCUGUGGAGGCAUUUUACCGGCCCAAUUUUAUUUUGUACAAGGACGAAGCGAAGGAGAGUGCGAAGGAUUACAGGAACGAGAGCUGUGAGACGACGUUCACUGAGAGGAAGAACUUGACUAUUGAAUACCCUGACCAUUCGGAGUCUAAACUUGUGGAGUACACAGAGAACGAUGUAACAAUUCAGACUGUCUCCUAUGAGGUGGAAGAGGAGGAGUUCCAUGACUGUGAGAGUGACUGCUCAAGUGACAGUGACAGCGAGGACAACUUCAUAAUGAUCCCUCCACGUGACCAUCUGGGCCUGGCCAUCUUCUCCAUGCUGUGUUGCUUCUGGCCUCUUGGCAUUGCUGCUUUCUACUUCUCACAAGGGACAAGCAAGGCCAUUGCGAAAGGAGACUAUCAGCGGGCAACCUCAGCGUCCCGGAGGGCUCUCUUCCUGGCAGCCCUCUCCAUCACCAUUGGAACAGGGGUAUAUGUCGGGGUCAUUGUUGCUCUCAUUGCUUACUUGUCAAAGCCGGGGCAUGUAUAGUGUCGAACUGCAGCCUGCUCGGUGUGAAGGUCCUUGAAAGACAGUUCUUCAUCUGUUCGAUUAUCCAAUUCUAUCACCCUGUUAAUUGAGUAAAUUGUGUGUGUUAUCCAUUGUUUUGGCCAUUUUGGAGCUAGGGGAGGAGGGCCAUCUGGCAAGGAGAAGGUUUCAGAUGCUUGCUUCACACCUCCACACUGGGAACUUUGGGUGACAAGGGUAGGCAGCAAGUCCACCAGCAUCGCUUUAAUCCUUGAGUGGGCAGCCAGGGGAGGUACCACAACAGAGGAGGGACACUUUACUCUGGGAGCUGGGCGAGGGGCAAGGAAAAGCCUUUUCUCCCUGUUAUCCCACCACAAGGGGGUGGUGGUGCUGGAGUGUAAUGCCCUUGCUGUACCACUCUUAGCCUGAGGGAACCCGGGGGGGGUAGCAGAAGAUGCCCAUGGGAUGAAAUUGUGGAGGGUGUAAUGAGGGCUGGGGAAACAACUCUGUACAAAUAUAAUUAAACUGGUCUAGGGCAAGAGUGAAUAAGCCAAUGAUAUGCAAAUAGCCUAUUCGCUGUUGCUAAGCAAGCCUUGCCCUGGGUCACUCUCUCUCAGCAAGCCAAUUAUGCCAUAAUUAGCUGCUCAAUGUUAAUGUAGCUGUGUCAUAAAGGCUACCUCGUUUGAUCAUGCCUGGUCCAUUUUAAAUGCUGUGUGAAAUAAAAGGGCCUGAGUCCCUCUAUAAAUCUACAAUCACACUGUUUUAUUUUGGGAAAGUCAAGAAUCUACUGAAAAUUAAAUGUGACUUUUGUAAUAAAAAUAAAUUUGAUUUCAUCGGCAACUAAUAUCACAUUCCCGCCGUCAUCAACUCACAUGUCGGACACUCGGAAGUGACAAACACAGGUACAAAAUCAUUGUGACCUUCUGGGUCGAACUGCUGAGGAAUAUCUGUUUGUACCGUUCAGUUCCUGAUAUAUGAAUAUCAUUUCUCUCCUUGCAGUCACACACUCACAUACCACCUGAGUAACUGGUUCCUCCAAGAUCAGAAACUUAAUUUUCCUCUAAUUAUAUGGAUAUUUUAUUUAACUGGCUUAUUGUUGAGUUGGUCCCACCACCUACAAUACUUUGACGAUGGUUAUAUGAGAUGGCCUGAUGUUCAGCAAAAUGCCAACAAACAGAAAUCUGGACACCAACAGAAAGUUAACAAGGAUUGUGCUAACUGAUGUGUUCAAAUGGGCUUGAAAGUCACAUUCGGAUUUAAAUCUAACAGCAAAAUGCUUCACUGAGACAUUGUGCACCAGGGGUCUGGCAAGUGAUAAAUUUAACCAAAUAAAGGGAGCUAUAAGCCAGUAACAAAUUUAGUCCAAAUGAGAAAAUUCUGUAAUGGGGUUAAACAGAAAUAACAAUGUAUUUUACUGCUGUCUAAAUUAGGGACUUGGUAUAAUGUUUAUAGCACACUUAAUCAAAUGGAGAGUUCUUUGCUGCUGAGAAUGUACAUGUUGAUAACAUGGCUGCUUCAUUGUCAGAGAGCAUUUGAAUGAAUAAAAUUCCCAGUGCCUCACACUGCACCCCAAGGCAAAUUCCCACUAAAAUUGGUCACACCCCAGUAAACUUUGUUGGUGACUAAUAAAUUGAGAGGGACAAACUUCAACCAUUCAUAUCAAAGAGGAAAGAGAUGUACAGGCUGACUUCCACAGCAAGCUAAAUACGUUGUCCUGCAGGAAGGAAUGUUGAGUCACCCGGAGGUGUGCAGCAAUCCGAGGGGGUCAGAGUAGUUUGUGUGGGAGAGAGUCAUGUCAGGUAAAUCCUUUCAGCUCUUGGACCUAUUGGAUAAGAGAUUAAGGGACAUCUUCCACCUGCCUUAUCGCCGUGUGGACCAUCACUCAGUUGUCAGGAGUUCUUCGACCCAGUGACUUUGGCCCCUGCACUCAUUGACUUUAAGCAAAGCCUCUGACAAUGAAGUAAGAGUUUGGCUCAGAUGGUAAAGAACAGGCUGGGGGUUUGCAAGGAAAUGGAAGAUGGUGUCUGGGCUGGACUGUAAGACUGCGAUAGAAUAGUAAGACAUUACUCACAUCCUUAUUGUUUAGAUUGCUCCUGAUUUAUUCUGAAAUGAGAACAGAAAUGAAGCAAUCUGGUGAGGCUAAACAGGGACUGCCGCAAAUAAUGGGCAACAUCCAUGGAGGGAUUCAGGUAGAUACAGAAUAAAACUGAUGGGGCAGUUUUAAAUGUAAGGUGGCAAGACUGGGAAUUAGACACAGGAAGGCUUAACUGGGCAAUAUUAACCCUAAGAGCAGAGAAGUCUGAUGCUGGAGCUGAGGCGGGAAGGGGUAACUGGAGUAGGAGAAGGUGGAUGUCGUGUGAAGAUUGGCACAGACCAGUGGGGGUUAACACUCUGUUCCUGCACACUGGGUACUAUAGGCUGUGGAUCUCGGACAAGGCUUAGAUGUGUAGUGAAUGAGACCUUCGGGUAUCCAGUGAAAGGCUAGGAAACAGGGAGUAAUGAUCGUCACUGAUAGCUGGUCAUGGCCACAGAGGGUAAUGUGUACAGUCUGGCCAUCAGGGGAUGGUGAGGGCAUCUGAUUCUGGAGAGGUUGCAGGGUAAUUAAACCAUUCACAAAGGUUGCCUGUAUCAUGAAAAUAAUCUUUCAGUUUGAAGUAGAACAUAGAACAUUACAGCACAGUACAGGCCCUUCGGCCCACAAUGUUGUGUCGACAUUUUAUCCUGCUCUAAGAUCUAUCUAACCCUUCCCUCCCACGUAGGUCCCCAUUUCUCUAUCAUUCAUGUGUCUAUCUAAGUGUCUCUUAAAUGCCCCUAAUGUAUCUGCCCCCACGACCUCUGCAGGCAGUGAGUUCCACGCACCCACCACUCUCUGUGUACAAAACUUACCCCUGACAUCCCCAUUGUACCUUCCUCCAAUCACCUUAAAAUUAUGUCUCCUCUUGUUAGCCAUUGUCACCCUGGGAAAAAGUCUCUGAAAUGGUAAAGAGCUGGGGCCUGGUCUCUCCGGUGCCUUCCUCCCUGGUUACCAGUAGCCGGACUAAGUGGGAAUUUCCUUCCCCAGUCCCCCUUGCCUACAUCAGGAGCUGGACCAAUGGAGACAUCCCCAUCUUUUCUCUGAAUUAGGAACUUUACCAGGCUGCAGUCCAGAAGAUUCAGCCCUGAGAGGCAGGAGCUAUUUUUUUUGCCCCCUUUUAGGGAGUGAAGCUCAAACAAUAUGUAAGAGUAGCUCCCCAGAGCUCAUUUUAUGAUGCGGUCUCUGUCAGAUGCCCAGGAUUGUGCAACUACAUAAGCUCCCUCAAACCUGGACUUGGCAUAGAGGGAUAUGGAAUUAAUACAGGCAAGUGGGAUUAGUAUAGAGAAGUAUGAUGGUUGGCAUAGACAGGAUGGGCUGAAGGGCCUGUUUCUAUGCUGUAUAACUGCAUGAUACAGUUGCAACAAUGGGCACAUAACUGAGUCUUGCUCCCAGCUCAGAAACUCACCACGGCAGCUGAGAAAUUUUAAUUCAGCUCAUUAAACAAAUCCAGAAUUGAACAACAAGACCAAAACCUGUAAGAGUGACUGUGAAAGUACUGGAUUGUUGUUAAAAAAAUAUUUGGAUCACUCACAUGCUACGGAGAUCUACCAUCCUUACCCAAUCGGGUGUACUUAUGACUCCGGACCCAAGAGCAGUGUACCUGACUCUUAAUUGGUUUCUGAAAUGGCCCAGGUUCAAGGGUAAUCCAGGACGGCCCAGCCUUUCCAGUGAAUACAGCAUCCCAAAAAUGGAUGUGCACAUACGAGUGAGGUUAGUGUUGGAGGUCACUGCAAAAUCCAGCCCAUUAUCAUCCCAGAACUGACAGCCUGCAGAUAACAUUUAAUUACACAGCAGGAACAGGCUGCCUCCACAGAUGUAAUGAAGGAAGAUAAUAUUAGCAGAUUCAAGAGUGAGCAUUUUACGGUAAUUAUGGAUUUGAGGAGUGUUGGGUAAGAAAUGCCAUAGAUUUUUUGAACCACAGGAACACUGAUUCCCAACACAACGCAUUCCAACAGGAAUAAUAAAAAAACUGAAUAAAUGAAUGGGAACAGCGCAUUAAAUUGAUAAAAGCACCAAUACUUGUAUUUAUAUCCAGCACCUCGCACUCUGAGAGCAUUAGAAUGAGCUCUCUGAGAUACAACCAUUAGUGUAUGUCAGCAAACAUUGCAAGCAGCUGCCACAUCCCUCCAGCAGCUAUGAGAUGACUGAGUAGUCACUCUGUACAUUUGGUUCCAGAGCUGUAUCUCACUAUCCUACGGCAUUAUUCCAGCGAGUGUGCCUUGCAUUGUGAAAGCCAGUUAAAAUGAUAUUUCCAAAGGGACAAUGAUAUCAAAGUUUUAUUAACACAGGAAUUACAAUGUGGUCUCUCUGACCAAUCGAUGACCCUGUUGCUGUUUUCACUCAUCAUAAAUGGACUCAUUCUGAUCCCAAUCCCUUCCCAACCGCCAUCGUUCCAGCCAGCUCCUUGAUAACUGUCUUUAAGCUCCAGUCACUAGAGUUGACAGUGGUGUCGAUGAAGCAUCAGUAAGGGCUGGGACACCAGGAGAGGAGUCCAACUUGAGCCCCACUUGAAGAAAGGCCAGGCAGGCUCCAACAACCCUGCAGUACUCUCUCCGCACACACUCGAAUCACAAGCUCCUAAAUGCAGAGGCACGAGGGCCACAACCUGUGUUUGACAGCCACAAUGGGGAUGUGUGGUGCAUUAGAUAGUCUUAAUUACUUCCAGGAUGUAGCAUUUUUAGUCACACUGCUUUCAAGGGAAUCGGCAUCACUGGCUGAACCCCGAUUUAACGGCCGUCACUAAUAAUGAACCAUGGGUGGGUACCAAGUCAAUCAGAGCACCAGUAGAACUCCUUGCCUGCCCACCUUUGGACCCUGUCAAAGGCAUGAAUCCACCUGUCCAUCUCUGGCCUCUCUGCCUUCCCCACACUUUCCCACACUACACAUUCACCCACCUGCUCUCAGACUCACCUAUUGGCUCAGUGCCGGGGUAUAUUUCAGCAGUGGGCAUACCAUGAAGCCUUGAAAGCACCAGCAAGGAAGGAUGAUAGCUACCUGUAGAGUCUGCACUCUUUCUUGUGGCUACCUGUAGGGAUUCUGUGUUCCGUUUCUUAUUUGGCAGAGCACCAGUUUGGUUUCCACUUCACCCUCUCCCCAACCCCACAUUCAGUUUAAAUCUGGACACCCAAGUGGCAUAAGCCACAGUUCACCCAGUGUGCUUCCAAAUUUCCUCAUAACCGCCCCUUCCCCAACUUCUUGCUCAGUGGUAUAAUUGUAUG